UGCACGCAUCGGGUUCGCCACGCGCAAGGAACCAGUCCUUCCUCUCCGUCCAUCUCCACCGCGAGGUCGAGGACGACGACGACGACGAAGGCGAAGGCGAAGAGGAAGAGCGAGCGAGCCUGUCUGCGGCCACGAGACGCUAGGGAGCCGCGCUUGAGUCUAGCCUUCCCCCCUGCGCCCAGCCUGCAGCGCACGCCGCGGCUGGAGCAUAUGAGGUGGCCGCAUCCCAUCUCGUCUCCCCGCCGCCGGCUCCUCCUGGUCGUCGUGCUAUUCGUCGCCCUCUGCUCGGUUCAUGGUAGUUCUUCACAGAGGCUCGUCACACUUGAUACCAUUGAUAUAUUUAUUACUCACGAAUGGUUCCCCAGUAAGCCAACUGUAUAUUUCCGUUGCAAUGGUGAGGACAAGGUAUAUUUGCCUGACGUGAAGGAUGCAAACAAUAUAUAUACCUUUAAGGGUGAAGAAUCAUGGCAGCCCUUAACAGAACUUCCAGAAAAGAAAUGCAAGAGGUGUGGUUUGUACGAAGAGGAUACAUUUAAACAUGAUGUAUACGAUGAGUGGGAGUUGUGUUCUAGUGAUUUCAAAAAAGGCAAAUACACCCAUUUCAAGGAGGGCCAGUUCAAUGCCACUUUCCUAUGUCCAAAUUGCACUUCCUCUGCAGGUGAUUCUGCAACCCAUGACUCUAGCUCGGAAGUGGAAACUAAGAAGACAUCCGUUACCGUAAUCAUAAUAGUCAGUGUUUUUUCUUCUGUCCUUGUCAUCGUUGCAUUAUAUGGGGGCUACAAGUACUGGCAGAAGAGGAAGAGAGAGCGGGAUCAGUUACGAUUUCUCAAACUCUUCGAAGAGGGAGAUGACAUUGAAGACGAACUGGGCCUUGGCAAUGAACUCUGAACAGCACGUGUAUGUAUAUGUUCUUCAAGCUCGGUGAAGAGGGAAAUGACAUUGAA